CAACGUAAACAGACCAGACGGAUGGUUUUGUUUGGUUGGAAUAGAUGGAAUUUUAAAUUGCGUUGGGUAUUGAAAUGAAUGAUGUAUUUUAUGUUGAUAAUCAUAAGUUAGAUUUAAUACGAAAUCUGUGUAAAUAAAAUGGAAAGGAAAAGCAAAAAAGAGUUAUUAAGCGUAAUCGAAGAUCAAAAUCAGAAUCUUCUGAAAUACAAAUCACGUUUGCACGAUAUUGUUGAAUCCUACAAAAAUCUUUUAAGAGAAAAGGAAACUCUAGAAAAUAGUAUCAAGACACUAACUGCAGUUAGUGAUGCAACCAAACCUGAGAACGAGAAUGAAGCAUUGUCAACUGAUAAUGAAAACCAAAAUGAUGAAAAAAUUUCCUUGGAAGAAAGAAAUGAUCAAUAUUUGCAACAGUUAAGAAGUAGUUUAGGUGCAUUGACUAUUGAGAAGUCUCGAAUUGAAAAUGAAUUGAGAGCAGACAGAAAAAAAAUUCUGCAACAGAAAGAAGAAGUAGAGAAAAGUUUUUUAGAAAGUGAAAAUGCAUGGGCUAUAGAGAAAGACCGAUUUGAAAAUCAAAUUCUUGAAUUAAGAAAAAAAGUCAGUGCACAACAACGGGAAAGAGAGAAAGAGCAACAAGAUCAUGUAUUGAUGUUAAAAGAACUACAGAAUGUUCUUGCUAAUGAAAGGGCAAUGAAAGAAAAAUUAGAAAACCAGAUAAGUGAGCUACAGCAAAGAUAUGGUGGCAGGAUUUCUGAGAGGAAAGUUCUUGAAUAUGAGAAAACUAUUGAUGAACUUCAAAAUAAGCUCAUAGUAGCUCAAGAUCGAUUACGUACUUUUGAAAAUGAAGCAAAGAGAAAUAUGUUAUCGUUUCAAAAAUUUAAAGAAGAGAUGGAAGAUAUGAAGGCGCAGUUAAUUACUAAAGCAAAUGAAGAAAAAAAGCGAGCUGAUAUGACCGAAGAGAAAUUAAAGUUGUUGACUUUUGUGAAAGAAAAAAGAAUUGCAAGUUUGGAAGGUCGAUUAUCUGAACUUUCUACCAUUGUUGGAGAUCACGACAAAGUGAGACAACAGGAUCAACUGACAAUCCAGAAGCUGAAAGCAAGAAUUACUCAGUUACAAGUUGAAUGUUCCGCUUUUACUCAGAUCCCAAGAAAAGAUUCCAAGAUUUGGGAUUUCAAUGAUGUAAAUACUGAUAUUCAGUACAGGCCAGAAAACUUACAGUUAACACAAAAUACAUCAGAAGAGACUCAUCCUAGAUCAGAUAACAUUUUACAUUCUGAUGCAGAAAAAGAUUUUAUUUCUGAAAAAUCAAAUGCAUUUUGGCAAGCUGAAAUUAUGAGAAUGAAAGAAGAAUUGGAACAAUACAAAGCAAAAGCUGAAUCGGCUUUAAAAGAGAAAUAUACUAAAACAUCAGCUGCUUUACUUUCGGAUGCAAAAAGUGGCAAGGAAAUUAAAGAAUUGAAAAGUAAAAUAACACAAUUGCAGAAUCAGCUUCAAAACUGCAAGUCACAAUUGAAAUUAAAUGAAGAAUAUCACAAUAAAAUCACAUCAAAUUUGGAAAAAACUUGUGAGGAUCUCAAACUACAACAUAAGCAAGAAUUAGCUCAAGUUGAAUUAUCCCAUCGUACUCAGCUGCUGGAACUUGAGCAUCAGAUACAAAAACAGCGAGAAAGAACACUAGCACUUUUGGAGGAGAAAGACAAGGAAAUCGAGCUGUUAAAAUCUUCUUUCUUGUCAUCAUUUAUAAAAAAGAAUAAGACAUCUGAAGGUGAUACGGAUCUUGUGAGCAAUAUUGAAUCUGCAACAGUAGAUACAGAAGCAGCAGCUAGUUUGCUUUCAAGUUCAUUGAUAUCCAGUCAAAAAGAAGGUCACAUUUUACAUUACAUACAAGAACUGGCUAGAAAAGAUGUUGAAAUCUCUAAUCUUCGACAGUCUCGCAUUCAGACAGAAGCUUCAUUACGUAAACUACAGCAAGCAUUAGCUGUGAUUGAAGAAAAAUACAACCAUGAAGUAGAAAUGCUGAAGUCAAGAAUCAAACUUUUAGAGAGCAGUCAAGAUGAAGAAGGAACAAAUAUUGAAUAUUUAAAAAAUGUUGUAUUUUGCUUUUUGAAGUGCAAUGAUCCCCAAAGCAAGAGACAUAUGGUUAAUGCAAUUGCAACUGUUCUCCACUUUACUACUAGCGAAAUACAGGAUAUUAAAGCAUACAUAAAAUAGUAUAAUAAUAUGGUAAGGAAAAUAUUGCUGUAGAGCUUGUUGUAAAAUAUUCAUAAUCUUUAUAGUGAAUCUUAAAUUCAGAUAUGUAUUUUUUCAAUCUUUUUAAAAGAAAUUUUCAAAUGUCUGGAUUACAGUAUUCGAGAUAUUUACUGUGAAUGCUACUUACAGAGAAUGACUGGAAUAAUUUGGCUCAAUUUCAUUCCUUACAAAGUAUAUGUAUAUAUAAAGAUAAGAAUGAAUUUUGAUAGCAUAUGUUAAUGAUUAAAAGAAUUUUUUUUUUAUCUCUAUGUGAAAUUCAAUUUUUUUAAAGAUAUUAAACAUGUUUUCGGAAAUAUUUAGUUUUUGUAUUCUGCUGAUCCCAUUAUAAAAUAAUCCUUAGAUAUACAUUGAUUGAAAAUAAUUAAGAGCUGGAGAAAAUUGUUACUAUCUCAUUGGCUUUUACAUUAUUUUAAUUGACAAACUGUUAAAUGUCAGACUUUUUUAUUUAUUCUCAUCUUUGAUGAUACUUGUAAUUCCUUGUAGCAGAGUGCAAAAGUCCAAUAAAUAUUCAAGGAAUACAGAUAAGCAGAUGUGCUUAGAUGUUGCCAUUUUCUAGAAUGAAAUAAUUAAUAUAUACAUUGUAAUUGAACAUUUUUUUUCUCUCUCUCUCUAUUACAAACACUUGUAAUAGAGAGAGAAUUCUAUGAAAUCUCUACGUUUUUCUUCGACAUUUGUCUAUCAUAAAUGUUAUUUCACUUGAAGAAAAUUUUAUCAGAAAACAAUGAAAAAUGUACAUAAUAAUAAAAUGUAUAGAUUUGUAAUUUUUAUACAGUUAAUAUAUAUGCCAAAGAUAUUAUUAUAUUGAUGUGUAAAUUUAUUGUAUUGAAUAAAAUUU